UCGUAGUUGGCAGGUAUCUACAUCAUGUCACUGCAUGUCUCCGCGAACCGAGAGGGAUAAAUACUGUUUAGCAGCCAGAUAUUGCAAACAAUGACUGGAUAAGUUUAAGCAAAACCGCAUGGAAAGACACGGGUUAGGGUACAGACAGGAAGAAGUGAGGUCUGAAAUCCGUGGAGGAGAGCACGUUCGAGGUGUGUCGCGGAGGAUCCGGGAGACGGCGGUCUUUGUUAGCUAGCUCGCAGCCUAUAGCACCCAGACUUGACCAGAGCACUGUGAACCAAAAACUUUGCACAGAUCAAGAAGACUGUGGAUGAGAUAAGGUCCUAUUUUUAUAUACAGGAAGUUAAGCCAACGAGAUCCACCAUGAGUUCACACGAAGCCGAGGUGCACACCAUCGCUCCGGAGCUGCCCGCCAUGUUCGACGGGAUGAAGCUGGCGGCCGUGGCAACGGUCCUCUACAUCAUCGUGCGUUGCCUGAACCUGAAGAGCCCCACCGCCCCACCUGAGCUCUGGUUCCAGGACACGCCCCUCAACCACUUCCUGCUCAAGUCCUGUCCUCUCCUCACCAAAGAGUACAUUCCUCCCCUGCUAUGGGGCAAAAGUGGACACCUCCAGACGGCCCUCUAUGGGAAGAUGGGAAGGGUCAGCUCGCCCCACCCCUACGGCAUCCGCAAAUACCUACCCAUGCAGGACGGGGCCACGGCGACCUUCGACCUAUUCGAACCACUGGGGGACCAUCGGACAGGAGAUGAUGUUACCAUGGUAAUAUGUCCAGGAAUAGGUAACCAUAGCGAGAAGCAUUAUAUCCGCACGUUUGUGGAUUACUCCCAGAAGCAGGGCUACAGGUGUGCUGUUCUGAAUCACCUGGGAGCCUUGCCCAACAUCGAGCUCACUUCCCCUCGUAUGUUUACUUACGGUUGUACCUGGGAGUUUGCAGCUAUGGUGGGCUACGUCAAGAAGACGUUCCCCCAGACGCAGCUCGUGGUGGUGGGCUUCAGUCUGGGCGGCAACAUCGUCUGCAAGUUCCUGGGAGAGAACCGCAACAACCAGGACAGGGUGCUGUGCUGCGUCAGUGUGUGCCAGGGCUACAGCGCACUCAGGGCGCAGGAGACCUUCCUGCAGUGGGAUCAGUGCCGAAGGUUCUACAACUUCCUCAUGGCAGACAACAUGAAGAAGAUCAUCCUCUCCCACAGGGGAAGCCUGUUCGGGAUGAGCUCCAGCAAAAUGAAGGAUGCCGACCUGAGCCGGCUGUACACCGCCACCUCCCUCAUGCAGAUCGACGACAACAUCAUGAGAAAAUUCCACGGCCAUGAUUCCCUGAAAGAGUACUAUGAGAAGGAGAGCUGUGUACAUUAUAUUCACAAUGUAAACGUGCCACUGCUACUGGUGAACUCUGCUGAUGACCCACUGGUGCACCAGUCUUUGCUGACUAUACCUCGCACACUUGCAGAAAAGAAGCCCAACGUGAUCUACGCCCUGACGCUGCACGGCGGCCACCUGGGCUUCUUCGAGGGCGCCGUGCUGUUCCCCGAGCCCCUCACCUGGAUGGACAAGGUCAUUGUGGGCUACGCCAACGCCAUCUGCCAGUGGGAGAGGCAGAAGCCGCCGUGCCAAAGUGCCACCCAGAGCGAGACCCAGUGCCCGGAGGAGAAAGCCUAACCCUCCCCGCGCCCCAGUCGCCCACUCACCCACGAUACACUUCACUCUCCGCACCGACUCACCGCCUUCUCUCAAUACUCUCUCAACACGUGCUGGACUUGCAAUCUUCUUAUUUUGUAUAUUUUUUUUAUCAUGCAAAAAAAAUGAGUACCACAAAAUGUAGGCUAUACAAUAUGUAUUAAUGGUGAAAAAAGGGGAAAUUGGGGAAAAAAAGAUGCACCCUGGUUUGUCUAAGGAGAUAAAAAAGGACAUUUAUAAGGAGGGAACCGUAGUAAACAGAUUGCGUUGUAGUUCUGUAGGUCUUAUUAGGCAGGGCGUAGUACGACGGUGGAGCAGAAAAACACGUUGCAUAAUGAAUGACCUGCAGGAAGGGCUCUUCGCUGCUGGGCCCGCGUCAGCAGAGUCACCCUCCUCCACCUUUUAUGUAACGCGCACGGUCUGUACCGAAGAUGUAUGCGGCUUGGCAGGAGUGCUGUCUGUCUGUAGCGGGGAUGGAAAAUGAGGUCCCUGAGGGCCAGAAACUCACAGGUUUCAGAGUCCCCUUAGAUUAGCGGCAGAUCUGCAUCAGGGAUGCGGUACCAGUUUGCACUGCCUGCCCGAUAUAAUAUCGCUUCAUACAAAAGCCAAAGCAGGACGAAGCCCAGGGGCUACUGCAGGGCCUCCCGCCCCUGCUUUAAAGCAUUUGAGGAAACAUCAUUGGCCGCGUGCAGUGGUUUACCUCCUUUUUUGUGGCAUUUACUUUUUUUUGUUUGUUUUGCACAGUGCAGUCCAAGGGUUGACUGCUCUCUGUAGGGUCAUUACUUUUAACCCCGUGUGGGCUGCAACUGUGGGCCUUUUCCUGGAGGAGAUUGUUUGUUUGUCCUGUACUUACCCUUAAUUAUGGAUGAGCAAUUGUGUAGAAUUUGGAAUUGAACACCUGGGUAAUGAGACCUACACAAACACCUAUCCCUUUGGAGACUUUUAGCCAGCUGAAGGCUAAGCCUCAUCUCCAAGUGGCAUUGACCAAUGGGGGAAUGAAUAAACCCGUGGUUUAUCGUACCCGCGCCUGUGUUUAGAACCAGCUGGAUCCACUAGCAUUCCAACUGUCAAACCAGUUUAUCCCAAAUCACAGAUUCUGUUUUCCAAAGCACUUUAUUUGACACAUUUUUACUUCACAAGCAUCCUUUUUAUAGGUGUUGAAUUUUGUUCUAUUUUUUUAAAUUUUGGUUUGGACUUUGUUGGAUUAGAAUUGAAAUAACCGUAGUUCCGUUGAUGUGGUGUGGAGAUUUGGCGAACAGACAAGAGGGAGAGAGGUCCUAAGCCUGAACAGGUGUAACGACUGCGGUGAUCCCCUUGUGUGCCCUUAGAUCAGUGUGUCUAAUUUGCCUCAGACUUUUUUGUUUAUUAAAUCUCUUAUUUUUUUCUUCCCAGUUAGAACUGGCAGAAAAGCAGAACCAGUUUGCUCUGUCUUUUAGGAGUGCUGCCUAUGUCAGUGCUCUGCCUUUGAGCAGCUGUGCUCUGUGUCAUGAGAAUGGAGUGGCCUGACCAUGGCGAACGGAGUGAGGGGGAAAGAUGGCUUUCUUCCCAAUGUUGUUUCUUUACUCUGGCAACACUGUAUUCAUCUACUGCGGGAGGCUGUUGCUUUAGCGUAGAACGAGGUUGGUUUUUCAGGGCCUCUUCAUUUGAACCAGCACUGUCGGUCUCUUCUUGAAACCAGCAUCAGUGUCUUGCAUUGAGCUGUGAGGUGAACUGAGUAAUUAGCUGUAGAUGCAUCAGUUGGAGUCCCGUUUUCCAUCCUUUCUUACGUAUGAAACCUGAGAUCAUAGACGACCCAUUGAAAGAGGGUAUGACAUUUAACAGAAUUCCAGAUGAAACUUGACUUGCUAUACAGUGUUUUAGUGCUUGAGUGCUUAAAAUAAACUUAAUAUUUCUGUGGGAGAGAGGGAAUUUGGCUAGUUUGGUCGCAAAAGGGUUAUUUUCUUGAUAAGAAACUUAAAAUGAGCUCCUCUUGUAGUUAAAGACUAAGCCAAACCUUGGCCCAUCUAUACAGCCCUUCAGAAAGCUUUUUUUUUUUUUUUUUUUUUUUUUUUUUUUUUUUGAGGAAUGCUUUUAUCAAGAUGAAGAUAGUUUGUCUUGCAGUAGAUACAUGAGCAUGUAACAGAGUGCCCUUGAUAAUUGGGAGACGCUGCAAUGUAUCUGAAUGUUAUGGGGGAGCGUUUCAAUGGGGUGUGUAGAUAUACUGGGAGUGGGGUGGGGGGGUCGUUAAUGCCAACCCAAACGAGGCACAGCAGUGAAGGACAGUGUGCAGGCAGUAUGCGUUUAGGUUCACCUUAUUAGAAUUGAAUUAUGACAGCAGUUCUUGGGAAGAUUCUUACUGUGCUGGUGUUUUCCCUGCUUUGCCUUCCUCGUGUGCUGUGUCCCGGUUUUGAUAAUGUAAUUCUCCUCAGAGUAGAUGGAUUUGGUCACACGUGUGUGACAGCGUACAGAGACCUGCUAGCAGGUGUAUCGUGGAGGGGACUCACCAUACGUGUCCUAUGUACUAUGUCUUAAUGGCUUUGUUCUGUUUUACAUGUAUGUGGCAGGUUAACCUUACUGUACCUUACUCCUCACUCACCUACAUCAAAUGCAACAAAGUUAGAAUGAUGUUUUUUCCUGUGAAAAAAAGGAGAACUGCAAGAGGGAAAAGCACUUUGACAAUCCGUUGUGAAAAACCAAAAAAGAAAUAAAUAACCAUUGUCAGCUUGAUCAGAUCUACAAGAUUAGCAGAGGGUUCCACCCAUCUCUGUUGUGGAGCACAGAAAACUCUGCGAACAGAAUGGUUUAUGUAAAUGUACUGUAAUAUAUAUAAUAUGAUUGUUUUUUUUUCACUUUGUAUAUUUAAGAUGCAGAUGAUAAUACUCAGUUUACUACGAACCACAAAGCUCUACACUAUCUACAGCAUAUUCUGAUAUGGCAGCAAGAGCCGUGCACUUUGGUGGGUUAAGAACUUUAGGACAGUUCGGGAGUAAUGUUAAAGAAAAUGUGCUGGAGAGCACUCUUUGGACCUUUAGUGCACUGCAGGGAGUAGCCAGCUUCUGUUCUCUCUUUACUUUAAUCUGCUUGGCCUCACUGACUGCCUCAUUCUUGUCUCAUUCCUUUGUUUUUCCAUAUUUAUGGCUUCACACUUCAUUACUGAGCUCUUGGCUUUCCCUCAGCAGUAUUCAUUACAGUAGACUGAUGCUUUGCUCGUGUCAUCUAGAGCAACAGCACCCUCUGCCGCUUGGCAGUGGAAUUGUUUCAUUCGUGCUGAGUGGAGUGCAGCUCUUGAGCUCUGUUACAUUGAACACCUGGUGCCCCCUAGUGGAGCAUUUGUCUGAUGCCUUGAAGGUUUUAAGACCUGUUACUGAGUUACCGAAAAAUGCUUUUUGGAAAUUGAGUAACAGCACUCUCAUCAAGGUCAUUCCGGUGUGUGUACAAUAAAUGUGUGUUGACUUAAGUACAAACUGAGCAGGAAAGUGAGGGUGUAAAUAAAAUGCCUGCCAAUUUGUUAUUAGACCAUUUAAAGAGUGAAUUUGUGAAACGACCAAGCAGAUUAAAGCAAUUCUGGGCUAAUAUACCAGCACAAACCAAGGCUCUCCUGUACAGAAUAGAGAAUUGCAUUAUGCCUUUUUCACUCAAUUUUGCACAGAAUUGCUGGUUUUGGAUGUAUAUCUCUGCUUCAGGCUAGUUCUGACUGAUUUUGUUAUCCUCAGACUUCAUUUUUUAUGUUUUUAUAUUUUAUUAUGGUUAUUAUUAUUUUGUUGUAUGUAUGUAUGCUUUGGAGUGUGAGUGUGCAAAUGAAUAUGGGUGUUUGCAUCAUAUCACCACUCAUGGAUAUUAAAGUAAAUGUAAUUCAUAGGCUCUGGUGUAACAUGGUAAACGUUGAAUUUUGGACCUUUGAUAAAUACUCUGGGAACGUGUGUUUAGGGGACCAGAGGCAGUGUUCAUUGGUGGUUGUGGACAUGCGCAGUCUUUUUUUUAAUUGAUAUUUGAAGAAAUGAUUUGGGGGUGGGGUUAGUGUGGAAACAUCCUAAUUCCUAAGUUUAGCAGCAGAACACCGCUAACAAUUACGGGACAUCAAGUGAACGUUGAAAAUGUGUUAUACAUGCAGUUUUUGUAAUGCAGUAAUUGGUUUCUCGAAAUGUUACUUAAAUUCUAAAAUGAUGCUUUAUUGAUAGCUGUUUCAUGGUGUGUUAUCAUUACAUUAUUAUUAUUAUGAUAUCAAAAAUGUCAAAAGGCUUUCUUUCUGUGCUCCCAAAUUAUUGAACUGGAACUACCUAAGGGACCAUAAAUCUUAAUUUGUAUUCCACAGUUCAGUCCAAAUAUUCCAUGGAGAUCUAUUGACCAGAUAUAUGAGAUAACGUGCAUCAAUUUGCCCUACAGAUGUAGAUGUGACAGUUUAUCAAACACAGCAAGUAUUAACUGCACACUAGCACGUAGAAGGUGAAGUGAGAAGCCAAGCGCUAGUUCCCUCAGUGGCCUCAAAGCUAAGGGCCUUGCUGUGAUUUUUAACACGGCCCUGGCACUUAGAUGAGCUGGUUACCAAAGGGAGGUGGGCUCGAAUUACAUGACUCUGCUCCUUUGGUUGAAGAAAAGAUAGAACCACCUUAAAAAAGAGAGAGAUCACCUUAAAAGUCUUCUGCACUGUCUUGGAGGUCUCCAUUCUUGCACACGAAUUUCACUGAGGUGUGUAGAGGCGUGUGGGGGCGUUGGGAGCACUGAACGCAGUCAUGUCUCUGUUUCAUCGUUGUAUGCUCAAAUUAACAUUUAUAGCUUUAUUCUUUGUGUUUACAUGUAAAUGUAUGAAUUUAAUUUUUUUUGGUCAUAAAAAAUGUAAUUUGACAUUCAGGCACACCCAUUACAGUAUGGAUUCGGAUCACUUGUGUGUUUUUUUU